AUGGGAGACACAGCGCAACCAACCCACCGCCCCUUCAUCCUGCGGACCCAUAGCCACGGAGUACUUUACUAUGAAGAGUUCGGCUGGGACGAGCGCUUCGAGGCUCUCGUCAGCCGAAUUGCCACAGAUUUCAUCGAUCAGCUCGACCCCGCAUCGGAUCGUUGUUGGGUCGCCGAGCGGGACGAAAAGUUCCUCGGGUACAUUAUGCUAGUGAAAGACCGAAUGCAGCAAAAUGCGGCUAAGAUUCGCCUUUUGCUCCUGGAGCCGAGCGCCUGGGGGCUCAGUGUUGGCAGAGGUUCGGUGUGA